CCUGCUGAGGUAGGUUAUUAAUUACUAUAUUUGUUGCUUGAGAGGUGUGCUCUUUCCUGCUCACACACCGGAGCUUAAUCUCCCUGUGUGCCAAGAAUCUCCUAGCGCUGCCCGACAGCCUCUCGCCCUGCCCAGAAAGCAGAGCGCUGGUCCCUUUGACGUUCCUUUUCUCAGCUCUGCCGCUGACUUCUGAAGGAGCUCCCUGUGCUGCCAGAGCUCUGUGCUGGGCAGUUGUUUCUGUGUGCCGGUUCCUGCUCUUGUUGCAGUUGACAGAGGGGCAUGGCGGUGAGAGCAUGUGGCUUGAUAAUCUACAGGAGGCUGCAGUCAGCACCCCGUUCCAAGGUCACUGACAAUAUUGAAUACCUCCUCCUCCAGACAUCCUAUGGGACCCAUCAUUGGACCCCACCCAAAGGCCACGUGGAUCCGGGAGAGGAUGACCUUCAAACAGCCUUGCGAGAAACGCAGGAAGAGGCUGGCCUCGAGGCCAGUCAGCUCACCCUCAUAGAGGGGUAUAAGAAAGAACUGCACUACCCUGUCAAUGGCAAACCCAAGACCGUAGUUUACUGGCUGGCAGAAAUGAAGGACUGUAACACAGAAAUCAAGCUUUCAGAGGAGCAUCAGGCUUUUCGGUGGCUGAAGCUGGAGGAUGCCUGUAAAUUUGCGGAGUAUGAGGAUAUGCAAGCAACGCUGAAAGAUGUGCAUCAGUAUCUUUGCUCCAGAAAAUAAAUGCUCUAUAAAGGUUAAGGGAAACUUAAAGAAAUGCAUCUUUUUUUUUUUUUACAAACAAGUAGGAUGGCUGCAGAAAUGUAGAUUACUUUUUUAAUCUAUAUGAAUUUGGUGAAAAUACUUGGAGCUUUUGCUUUUGUAUCCCCUAACUCAUGUGGAAAAGCAUAAUCUGAUUCAACCAUAAGCCAGAGAUGUGUGAAUUGAAACCACAGCUAACAAAGACUUCUUGUGUCUUUCUUUUCUUUUUGCUUCAGAGCGCUGAGCAACUGUGGGUCUCUUUUGAAAAUCAAACGCUUGAUGUCUCCUGAGCUGCUGAUGUUAGAACUACAGAGUUGUGAAAAUGAGCAUAUGGAGAUAAUUAAUAACUAAAUGUUUACUGCGAAAGUUGUGUGUUGCAUUUCAAAUAGGGCAGUAUUUCUGCAGAACAGCAGUAGUUCUGUUCCCGACCCCUCCAUUGAUUUGCUGUGAUAACUUGUCCUGUCACUUCAGGUCUUGUUUGUCUGUAUCGUGAAUGUACGUACAUCACUAAUCUACUGUUACAAAAAGUUUCUAUCCAAGGAAGCUCAGUAAACAGUUGACAUACUGUAUUUGAAAGGUAAAUUCAAAGUUACCUUCUUUCUUUGCUGUUUAUUUUUUGCCUCUUUGCUCUCUAACAGUAAUAUUUGGCCAUAUGUUAUUCUGUGGGUUGGGAGAGUGAACUAUAUUGCUACCUAGAGCCCCAGCUUCUGCACAGAAACUGUUGCAAGCUUGCACAUUAGCUUAUGUGUGAUAGUAUCAGGGUUUCACUGGCUGCAGGCUGUACCCACAUGUGAGCAGUGCUGUAGAUGAUCAUACUGGAUGAUUACAGUAGCCUGUGAUGGUACCAUUGAGCUCGCCUGCAUCUGAUCCCCUGUGAAUAUCUUUUAAUUUCCUUGAUAUCAGUGAGAGUUGAGCUUGUCAAUGUUUUGUGUAAUCAUAUAUGUUCUGAUAGUAAUGGGUGAUAUCUUUGGGAUGUACAUUAAUAACAAAAAAGCAUGAUGGUAUUAGCAUUUUUGGAUGAGCAACCAGGACUUUUUUAGUUUAGGGAAAUCUGGGGAAAACGUGUGUGCCCUCUUCCCCCUGUCUCCAUGAGCCAUUGAUGCCCAGGCACUUGGACCUUUCAAGGGAACUAAAUAUAUGAGAAAGUGGGCUGCCCGUCUGCCUUCCUUCUCGACUGCUGGAGUGAAGAGACCGUGUCAUCAGCAUCACACCAGCUCUGGAAAAGAACCCAGGGCAGGGGGAUGCCAGAGAUGCAGAAGAAUUGGGCUGAGAAACAUAGGUUGUAGUUCAGCGGUGUGUAACUCUCCAGGUGUGCAGCUCCCGUCAUUUGGGUGCAGCAUGUAUUAAUAAUGUCAGUGCCACUGUGGCAGUGGUGUCUUGCUCAACGCUGUUACCCUCCUAUAGAAUAAUUUAUAAAAGCCCACUUGUGCAUUGUGUUAAGAAUUAAAAUAUAUACAUACAUAUAUAUAUAUAUAUUUCAUGUUCAUUUAUGAACACUGCUUAGAAAAUUGCAUUCAGGUGAUGGCAGACAGUGAAGAACAUACAGGUUGUAUGGCUGCAGUGAAUGCUUCUCGGCUGGUCGUUAGAGGAUGAAAGACACCUCCCACUGUCAUCUGGUCCAUCCACUGCCCCAGAGGAGAAUCUGCUAUUUCAGUGUCUUCCUGAUGGACAUUUGGUUAAUGUGCUCUUCAAGUCCUCUAGUGGUGCAGUCACACCCUCACCUCCUCUGUCCAUACCCUGGUGAGUUUUGUCUCUAGUAUUUAAUCUAAGUAAACCAGUAAGAAAUUAUUAAAAAAAUAACAACCAAUUAGAAGGAGAAAAUAGUUAAAAGCCCA